GAUGCUGCAGCAGCGGAAGACACGAGCCAAGCCCCGGUCGAAUACAUCUCCCCCGCUUCGCCACUCUCUGCAAAACGGAACGUCAUACUGUGAUUCUUGGAGAUUCCAUCGUCCGGCAUGUCCGCGCUACCGGAGACAAAGUAUUGGGUGACCUACGUUCCUGUGGUGGUGAACAUGACUGCGAGUUCUCCAGAAGAACAAAUGCUGGAAUCCACCUGCCACGCCCCCUUCGGCCCCCUUCAGCGUGUCAGGUGCUUUCUCGGCCGCUUGUAUGCAGAAGCCAGAGGGGCUUCCAUACAUACCUGAUGUGGUGCUACACAAGUGUAACCAAAAUAAGUUGCCACCGGACCCACAGGGUCUCGGCUCCAGAGACUCAAAUAUCUCAAAUAUUCCAGCAGGAACUGGAAGCAGCUGUUUCAAUUUUUAGUUUUUAUGAUGAUUGACUGUGAGAGGCUUCAGGACGAGCUGGAGGAGGCGAAUAACAAAGCUCGCAGAAAAACCAGGGGUAACGUCAAGUUCAUCGGGGAGCUGUUUAAGUUGCGGAUGUUGACCGAGUCCAUCAUUUAUAACUGCGUGGUAAAACUGCUGAAACAAAAUGAAGAGGAAAGUCUCGAGUGCCUCUCUAUUCUCCUCACCACCGCCGGCUAAGAGAUGGACUUUAAGAAGGCCAAGUUACCAGCAGAUGAUAAGAUUUAUUUGGGACGGAAUUUCGGGGGACGACGGCUGAACUGGAAGAACGGCUGCGAUGGAGAAACUAGCGCUAGAGCCACAUCCGGAGCAUCAGUAAAACUGGACGCAGUGCCAGACUCGACUACAAACAUGCCUGCGCUAUCAGAGGAGGAAAUGGAGAAAUGCUCUAAAUCCAUUAUUGAGGAGUUUCUACACAUAAAUAAUUACAAAGAGGCAUUGCAUUGUGUGGAGGAACUGGACCAGGGCGGGAUGCUGUACGUUUUUGUUCGGGUGGGUGUGGAGACCACGCUGGAGCGAAACCAGAUCACACGUGACCACGUGGGUCAUCUGUUCCAUCAGCUGCUGCAGGCUGGGAUCCUCUCCACAUCUCAGUUUUUUAAAGGGUUCUCAGAAACCCUCGAGAUAGCAGAUGAUAUAACGAUUGACAUUCCUUACGUAUGGCAGUACAUAGCGGAGCUCGUUAAUCCUGUGCUUCGGGAAGGAGGAAUCUCUUUGAGAGAAUUAUUAAUUGAAUUUAGCAAACCACUACUUCCUGUGGCAAGAGCCGGCAUAUUAUUUGCAGAAAUAUUGCAGCUUCUCUGCAAACACAUGAGCCAAAAGGAAGUGGAGGCCUUAUGGAGGGACUCUAAACUGAGCUGUGCUGAUUUUCUUCCUGAAACCGUGGAUGGGAACAACUUCAUUACUGAGCAGCCCUGAUGAAGUCUGAUGACCUGAAGAGGGUGGAGCUGAGACUUCAGGCAGCAGACGGACUUCUGAGGAGGAACA